AUGUCACUCAUCGUGAGUGAGAUCGCGGCCUUUGUGGGCGCUGCCCUCGCUGGCACUUACAUCGCCUGGUCGGUCCUUGAGCGCAUCUCCCUCGUCGCCGCAAACCAGCACCUCACGCCAUUCUCCUCCUACGCUUCCCUUGGCGUCGCCAUUGUCUUGGUUCCAGCGUUUGCUCUUCUCCGCAGGAAGCAUCACCACCUUCGGGGCACGCGCGUCAAUGGAUGCAAGCUGGCCCGUGUAUAUCCUCACCGAGAUCCGAUCUUAGGCUUGGACAUUCUUCGUAUCUCGGUCAAGGCGCUCAAGGAAUAUAAAUUGCUGGAACUAUGGGAUAAGCUUCUCAACACUUAUGGAACAUAUUGGUUCAACUCCACGGGUAAAUGGAUGCUUAUUACCACAGAGCCUGAGAAUCUAAAAGCCCUGCUAUCGACGAGAUUCGAGGACUGGCCGAUGAAGUCGCUGCGACAACAAGUGAGCAUCUUAACACUUGGCCCUCACUCCAUCUUCGCCGUCAACGGACCCGAAUGGCAUCAUGCACGCGCCAUGAUUCGCCCGAGCUUCGUGCGAAACCAGAUUGCCGAUCUAGAGUGCACCGAUAGACAUGUUGAGAACUUCUUGGCAAGACUUCCACGGGAUGGAUCCAAGUUUGAUAUGAACAAGCUGCUAUAUCAUUUCACCAUGGACGUAUCAACUGACUUCAUGUUCGGAUAUUCAACCUCUAUUUUGACUUCCCCCACACAAGAGUCUCUGGAAUUCAUGACGGCGUUUGAUUACCUCCUCACUACUUCAACGAACCGCGCUCGUUUAGGGUGGUUGGCGUUGUUGAAACCAGAUAGGAAAUUUGAUGAGUAUGUCAAGAUCACCCAGCAGUUUGUCGACCGCCACGUAUCCCAGGCGCUUGCUCAAGAGAAGAUGGAGAGACCGUACAUCUUUAUGAAUGAAAUUAUCAAAUCGGGAGCUUCUCACCGCGAGGUGCGAGAUCAAGUGUUUUCGCUGAUACUGGGUGGCCGUGACACGAGUGCCAGUACCAUGUCCUCGCUCUUUUGGGUCCUGGCUCGACGACCGGAUGUGCUGAAGAAGCUGAGAGAGGAAAUUGCCGAGCUGGAUGGCCGCAAGCCCACUUGGGAAGAGCUGAAAAACCUCAAGUAUCUGAACAUGGUGCUGAAAGAAACUUUACGGCUGUAUGCUCCUGUAGCAAGCAACAUGCGCACUGCUGAACGGGAUACGGUCUUGCCCAAGGGCGGUGGUCCCGAUGGCCAGAGCCCUCUCUUCGUUCCUAAAGGAACAGAUUGUCGGUUCUCAACCUACAGCUUGCAUCGUAGAAAAGACUACUGGGGUGAUGACGCUGACGAAUUUCGGCCCGAGAGAUGGGAAACGCAUCGGCCAGGGUGGGAAUAUAUUCCGUUCAGCGGCGGCCCUCGAAUCUGUAUUGGCCAGCAGUUUGCUCUGACCCAGAUGCUGUACUUGAUCACACGGGUGCUCCAGACAUUUGGCGACGUCCAGCCUGGAGAUGAUAGGCCAAUGCUGCAUGAAAUAGGCUCAACUAUAUCCAUGGUUAACGGAUGCUGGGUUCACUUGACUCAAACCUCCCUGUUGAACCGUCCCAACGCACCAAAGAUCCGCCAUUUCAGCAUCACAAAAUGGCCUCACGAUCUCCAUCCCGAAGCCGUCGUCGGGCUUCAUCGCGCACGCCUCCACGAUCCAAUUCCAACGGCUCGCGCUCGCCGCCUCCAACCCAUCGCCGUCGUCGUCAUGAUUCGCGCUCUCCGUCGCGUUCUCGAUCCAGGUCGCGAUCAAUCACUCCACCACGUCGCAAUGGCCGAAACAGGAGCGGCAGUCGUGACAGGAGCCAUUGUGGUGGAGAGGUUGUCAAAGAAUGUUAAUGAAGAGCAUCUCUACGAAAUCUUUGGCCAAUUUGGCCACAUUAAGGACCUUGAUCUGCCAAUGAACAGAACCUCUGGAACCAACCGAAGCACCGCGUAUAUCCUGUACGAACACCAAGCCGAUGCAGAAGUUGCAAUCUCAUACAUGCACGAGGCACAAGUCGACGGCGCCAUAAUCAACGUUUCUAUCGUGCUGCCGCGCAGGAAGUCACCCGGCCCUCCCCUUGCCCGCCGAGGUGCCAACAUCGACCCUCGAGUCCCCUUCCAAAACUCUCGUGGGGGUGGUCCGCCUUCUGGCCCUCUAGGCGGCGGUAGUGGAGGAGGUGGACGUCGCCGCUUCUCGCCUUCAAGCAGAUAUGGCCCUCGAUCCGAUGUUUAUCGACCAAACUCCCUGUCGCCAGCUCGAUCUCCUGGCGGUGUCCCCUCUUCUCGGGGAGGUGGCGGUGGAGGUGGCGGUAGUCGAUACCGCAGUCGAUCCAACGGCUCAUACUCAUCCCGAUCGAGAUCUAGAUCACCAGCGCCCAGACGGAGGGGCGGCGGUGGAGGAGGCAAUGGAGCCGGCCGAUAUGACGAUCGCGAUACCCGACGUCGAAGUCGUAGCCGCAGCUUCGGCAGUGACCGAAGCAAUUCGCGGAACAGAGGCCGUAACUACAGGUGA